AUGUCAUUUGGCCCGUUGCCAGGGAGAUUCAGCAAUGUGAGAUCAGAGCCAUAUGCCGGUGGAGCCUUGUCUUCCGGUGCAGAGACGGGCGAGGUUUGCCAGUUCUUUGUCAAGACAGGCUGGUGCAAAUGGGGUGAUGGAUGCAGACACGCCCACAUCCCGGGACCUGAUACUCCAAAGGGAGGUAGGCCGGGUGGUCCGCCAGAUCCGUCGGAAGCAUGCAAAUUCUUUGCCAAGGCCGGCUGGUGCCAGUUUGGCGACAGCUGCAGGUAUCAACACCUCGCUGGGCCACAAACAGGUGGCAAAGGCGAGGUUCAGCACGGCCUCGGGCCGAAAGAUCCCAGUGAAGCUUGCCAGUUCUUUGCAAAGGCCGGAUGGUGUAAAUACGGGGCCGCCUGUCGCUAUGCACAUGCGCUUUCGCCAGACAUGCAGCCACAACUGCAGCCACAACCGACGGCGAAGUCCGGUGAGGUUUGCCAGUUUUUUGCUAAGUCAGGCUGGUGCAAGUACGGCGACCACUGCAGGCAUGAGCACCUCGGCAUGGGUGGACCUCCAGUGCCUGGAGUUCCAGAUCACAUAGGAGCUGGCUCAGGAGACGCGAGGAGAUUCCAUGCCAAUGCCGGCUGGCACCCGAAUGGCGACACCACAUAUCAGCACCCGCCUGGCGCUAUGGGAUACGGAGGAUGCGGGCCCGGCUUUGGUCCGGGCUAUGGCUCCUUCGGCCCGCCGAGCGAGGCCCAAUUUUUACCCAAGGAGUUAUCUGCUGCAGAGGCAGAGGCUGCUGCUGCGGAGCUUAUCAAGUCACCUGGAAUGUUAAAAGCUGAGUCAAUAGGUCUUCAGCUUUCAGAUGAAGCAGUGAAAGCGCUUCUCACGAUUCCUUCUUCGCAUGCCUCUCAGCUCUUGGUAAUGCUCCCAAAGCUCGACUUGCAUGGCGCCAGAGGGCUUCAUCAGGAGCCAUCGAAAGCAUCCGGUAAUGAGGCCGUGAUCUCGCUGCCUCGUCUCCGGUUGCUGCGUCAGGUAGGCCAAGACAAAGACACAGGCACUGCAGGGACACUGCUGCACUCUCCGGGGCGCCGUGGUCACGCGUCCCCGAGCCCUCUUGAUUCGGAUGAGGCGCGGUCACCUUCUCCACAGAGAGCAGUGCACGACGAGGAGCCCCCGAGCUACAUGCCCCAGCACGAUGCGCAGCAGCGAGUCCGGCAUCACAUGAGGCAAAAGCGGAGGAAGGCUAAGGAAGAAGAGCACAUGCGCAUUUUGGAGGAGAAGGAGCGUGCGGACCGCGUUCAGAAGACCCUUCCGCAUGUGGAGGCCUACCGCCACGAGCUGGCGCGAAAGGCCGCAGAGUUGCACCGGCGAGAAAAGGCCGAGAAGGAGAUGGCUGCCCUGGAGCAGGAGCAGUUGACCUCCGCACGUCGGGAGCGGGUCAACAGGUAUAUAAAGCCUGAGGUCAUCCAGGAAAACUUCUUGAAGUCAGAGAACGGUUCCACGCCCACCCAGUCUCUGGAGGUGCACAAGCGCGGCAGAGGGAUGGUCCGACCUGGAAGAGAGAAGGCACGGUCACCUUCUCCAGUUCGAGCCGUCCACGGCGAGGAGGAGCCUCCAAACUAUAUGGCUCAGCAAGAUGCACAGCAGCGUGUUCGGCAUCACAUGAGACAAAAGAAGAGGAAGGCUAAGGAGGAGGAAGAAAUCCGCAUUCUGGAGGAGAAGGAGCGAAUGGAAAGGGUUCAGAAGACCUUACCGCAUGUGGAGGCCUAUCGAAGAGAGCUGGCACGCAAAGCCGCUGAGCUGCAUCGGCGAGAAAAGGCCGAGAAGGAGAUGGUUGCCCUUGAGCAGGAGCAGUUGGCCUCUGCACGUCGGGAGCGGGUCAACAGGUAUAUGACUCCUGAUGUAAUCCAGGAUCAUCUCCUGAAGUCGGUGAGCGGCACCACGCCCACACAGCCUCCGCCCGCGGAGUCUUUGCCCGCACAGCCCACACAGUCCUCCGAGGCACACGAACCGAAACGUCCGGUCGGCUCGUCCAUCCGUCGUGCUCCUCGAGAAGACCGCUCUGAAGAUAACAGUGAUGCUACGGCAGCACGCUCCAGGCAAAAUGUCAUGCUGUCACCGAGACGACAAGAUGCAAGGUCGAGGAUAGCUGGCAAGCGGAGCGCAGCGGGCAGUGAUGCCAAGAAGCGAGCGGCAGGAGAUGCCGGAGAUGCGGCUGCAGAUGAGUCCAAGAAGGAUGUGCAAAACGCACAACCUGAAGCUGGCGAUGCAGAAGCAUUCGCUGGUCCUCCAACAGCGACACUUGCGACAGUACCUCAGCAACAAACGCCACAGGCUGAAGCCACAGACGACAGCGAGCGAAAGGAAGCGACAGAGACGAACCCAGAAGCAGCGACACAACCCGCUGCAGAGUCGGCAGAGACAGGUGAGGUGGUCGCUGAGGGUGCUGCAGCAGCAGCCCCAGCGGCAGAAGAAGCACAGGGAGAAGCAGCAGCGACAGGAGAGGCAGGAAAGGGCAUGGAAACAGAGGGCUCUGGUGUUACCCAGGCAGCUGCGGAUUCUCCAACAGAGAGUGGAGAAAGCCCAGCUACCGCUGAUGCACCUGGACCAUCGGUUGAGCAGCCUGCCACGCAAGAUCCAGCACAGGAGGAACAAAAAGCAGAAGCAACCGACCGCGAGCAGAAGGAAGCGACAGAGACGAACCCAGAAGCAGCGACACAGCCCGCUGCAGAGUCGGCAGAGACAGGUGAGGUGGUCGCUGAGGGUGCUGCAGCCCCAGCGGCAGAAGAAGCACAGGGAGAAGCAGCAGCGACAGGUGAGGCAGGCAAGGGCAUGGACACAGAGGGCUCUGGUGUGACGCAGGCAGCUGCGGAUUCUCCAACAGAGAGUGGAGAAAAAGCAGCUACUGCUGAUGCACCUGAGCCUUCCACGCAAGAUCCAGCACAGGAGCAGCAAAAAGCAGAAGAAGCAAAGCAGCCAGCUGCAGAGACGGGUGAGUUAGAGGGUGCUGCAGGAGCAGACAAAGCAGCAGAAGGAGGAGCAGCAGCAGCAGCAGCAGCAGUUGAAGGAGCUGAGGGCACUGGUGUCAAGUCGGAGGCGGAGGCAGCGCAGAAACCUGCGCCAGAAGCAACCGGAUGA